CUCACUCCAAAUUCGUUUUCCAGUGCAGACAGUUCUGUAGCGUUUGGAGAAAAAAUUCAAAGUUAACACAAAAUCCGAGGAAUGGAGAGAAGAAAGCGUGGACAUAUGUAUUGUCCACCCAUUUACAAGAGCCAGAAAGUGGCGCGCAUCACCAACAAUGGCUACCUCAACUUUUUGACCGAGUACAAGAAACGCUUUUGCGGAACUUCUCCACAGGACAUGGUGCGAUAUGCGGCUAAGCAGUGGAAUCAGCUGUCCGUCGUUGAGAAGGAGUAUUUCAAGAAAAAGCCGACGGCCGUUUUGAAAGGCGCACCACAAUCUGUAGCAUGCGAGCCGAAGAGCGAAGUUGCCGAGAAAACAGCACAGCAAAGUCCUUGCCCAAGACAGUCGCCAUCCGCUCGGCAGCGGAAAUCUGACAGGAGCUCGUCCAGAUCGCGGGCCUUGUGCAGAUCCGUGAACAGUCGGACGCGAGGCAAGCCAAGUCCUCCGCAGACCAAGCGCAGCGUUAGCCAUUUGGGCUCCGCAGUUGCCUAUAUCCAUUUCCUGCGCAAGUUUCAGCGGAAGAAUCCCGAGUUGGCGACCACCGAUCUGCUGAAAACGGCGACUCGAUUGUGGUGUCGCCUGGAUGAGAGUCAGCGGCAUGCAUUUGAGAGUCCACUUUGGAUUGUGCAAAUAACAGAAUCUAAGUAGCAGUGUAGUAUGUGUAAUUUGGUAAAUUGUAAUUUGUAUAACUUCACUUUCACUUUACACACAAGAGCCUUGUACAAAUUUCUAGAUUAAACUCGAUCUCAUGUUGAAGCAAUCCA